GGGCACAACUUUACCUCAGCCUCGCCAUAUCCCACUGUUUUGAGUAACAAAGUUUUUGUGGUUUGGUUUCUUGAGCAGCUUCAAUGGCUUCUGCUUCAGCUACUUCUCUUUGCAGGUUCCAGCCCUUUCAAAACCAGCCAACCAAGACUUCUGGCCUGGUAACAAGAACAAGUUCAAGUUUACAAUUGGUUUCUAAUGGAUGGGCUAAGACUGGCUUCUCUUCUCUGAGAACCUCUCGUCUCCAAAUCUGUUGCGCUGCCAAACCUGAGACAGUGCAAAAGGUUGUGGAGAUCGUGAGGAAGCAACUGGCUUUGCCUCCAGAGUCUGAGGUCACCCCUGACUCCAAGUUUGCAUCCCUUGGUGCCGACUCUCUUGACACAGUGGAGAUAGUGAUGGGUUUGGAGGAAGAAUUUGACAUAAGCGUUGAAGAGGAGAGCUCGCAGAACAUAAGCACGGUCCAAGAAGCAGCUGAUUUGAUAGAGAAGCUGGUUGAGAAGAAAGCAGCUGCCUAAUUAUAAUUAAGUUUGAUUGGUUAUGUGCCUAAUUAAAUUGUGACCUUUUCUUGAUUUGAUUUGGUGAGGUUGGUUGGUUGGUUUUGCAGGUUCUGGAUUUUGUAUGACUUUGAUUUGAUCAAUGAUUUUCGUCGAGUUGCCUUGCUUUCU